CAAGUCCCUUCGUCUUAGAAUCGGUCCUGCAAGCCUUUUGUGCUACUAGGCACGAUUAAUCUUGACUACGAAUACAAUGUCUUCGAGCAUCGAGCUCAUCAACCCCAAGGCGGAGAGCGUCCGCAGAGCGGCUGCGCUUCAGGUGAACACCACCGGUGCCAUGGGCCUGGCAAACGUCGUGAAAGGGAACCUUGGCCCGCGUGGUACGCUGAAAAUGCUCGUGGACGGCGCGGGGCAGAUCAAGAUGACGAAGGACGGAAAGGUCCUGCUCUCCGAGAUGCAAAUCCAAAACCCGACUGCGGCGAUGAUCGCGAAGACGGCUGUCGCGCAGGACGACCAGGUCGGCGACGGCACGACGUCCGUCGUGCUCCUCGUUGGCGAGCUGCUGAAGCAGGCGGACCGGUACAUCUCUGAGGGCGUACACCCGACGAUCAUCGGAGAGGGGUUCGAUAUUGCGAAGAAGGCUGCGCUGGAGUUCCUGGACAAUUUCAAGCAACUGUCUAAAUUGGACCGCGCGACGCUCAUAAACGUCGCCCACACGUCGCUUGCUACCAAGCUGAAUGCUGCGAUGGCAAAGCAGCUCGCAGCGGACGUGGUUGAUGCUGUACUGACGAUCCGACCUCCCCCUCCACCCGCAGACGCAAAGGAGCAAUGGAUAAACCCUAUCGACCUUCACAUGAUCGAAAUAAUGAAGAUGCAGCACCGGACAGCCUCCGAGACGCAGCUCAUCCGCGGCUUGGUUCUCGACCACGGAGGCAGGCAUCCCGACAUGCCCAAACGCGUGGAGAACGCAUACAUCCUUACUCUCAAUGUCUCUCUAGAAUACGAAAAGACCGAGGUCAACUCGGGCUUCUUCUACUCCUCGACCGAACAACGCGAAAAGCUCGUCGAAUCCGAGCGCAAGUUCACGGAUAUGAAGUGUCGCAAAAUUGUUGAACUCAAGAACCUGGUGUGCGACCAGGCGGUGGGAGAAGGCAAAAAGAAGAACUUCGUGAUCAUCAACCAGAAGGGCAUCGAUCCGCUCAGCUUAGAUAUCUUUGCGAAGAAUGGUAUUCUGGCGCUGCGGCGGGCGAAGCGACGAAACAUGGAAAGGCUGCAGUUGGUCUGCGGUGGCACCGCGCAGAACUCCGUCGAGGAUCUUACCCCGGAUGUACUUGGCUGGGCUGGGCUCGUGUACGAGCACACACUAGGCGAGGAGAAGUACACGUUCAUCGAACAGGUGAAGGAGCCUAAGUCGGUUACGUUGCUCAUCAAGGGCCCGAAUGCGCACACGAUUCAGCAGACACAGGACGCGCUUCGGGAUGGCUUGCGCGCGGUGAAGAAUGCGAUCGAGGACGGGGCGCUCGUGCCUGGCGCAGGCGCAUUCGAGGUCGCGUGCGCAGCACACUUGAGUGGGGAAGUCAAGAAGAGCGCGAAGGGCCGGGUGAAGAUGGGCGUGCAGGCGUUUGCGGACGCACUACUGAUUAUCCCGAAGACGCUCGCGCAGAACGGAGGGUUCGACGUGCAGGACGCGGUUGUCGCGUUGCAGGACGAGCAAGCGGAGGGCAACAUCGUGGGCAUUGAUUUGCAGUCCGGCGAGCCAUUCGACCCGACCGUGGAAGGUGUCUGGGACAACUAUCGCGUCAAGCGCCAGAUGCUGCACUCAUGUUCGGUCAUCGCCGUUAACCUGCUCUCGACGGACGAAAUACUGCGUGCUGGCCGGAGCUCACUAAAACCAGAAGGACAGCAAUAGUCACUUGAUAAUGGUAGAUUUGUGUACACCAUAGCGACGAUUCUCUCACAUACAUUGCUGGUGUGCUGGAUAACCUGACCCCUUCUGUUACUUGAGCAAAACAUCGUCGUUGCUAUGUAUAG